AAAUAGAACACAAACAUGAAACGGGAGCAUAAAAUAUUCACAGGAACAAGGGCAUACACAGAUGAUCUCAACGGUGCGCCAGGCACCGUCACGGCCGCCUUACGCCCCGCGCUCUGCCAGCUGUCCCUCCCCCCCCCCCCCCCCCCAGCCUCGCAUUAUGGUCCCGCCCACCGCUCCCGGCAGCGCGGUGACGCACGACGCAAGGCGCGGCGCAGGCGCAGUGGCGGCGGCGGCGGGGCCAUGGCGGGCGAAGCACCGCUGCCCUCGGUGGCGCGGGCGCCCCCUGGCGGCGGGUCUGGAGCCGUGGCCGGGCCGGGCCGGGCCGAGGGCACCGAGGGGCUGUUCGUGGCGCUGGGUGCCGGGCUCGCCGCCGCCAGCCACCCGCUGCUCUACGUCAAGCUGCUCGUCCAGGUCGGGCACGAACCACUACCUCCAACUGUUGGAAGAAAUGUACUGGGAAGGAAAGUACUGUACCUGCCUGGCUUCUUCACCUACGCCAGACACAUUGUGAAAGUGGAUGGGAAGAGAGGCCUCUUCCGUGGCCUUACUCCUCGCCUCAUCUCAAGCACUUUAUCAACCAUCACCAGGGGGAGCGUAAAGAAGGCCUUUCCACUGGAGGACAUGGAACACGUGUCUAACAAGGAUGAUGUGAAGACUUCCCUUAGGAAAGUGGUGAAAGAGACAUCUCACGAGAUGAUGAUGCAGUGCGUGUCCCGGGUUGUGUCACAUCCGCUGCACGUGAUCUCUAUGCGCUGCAUGGUCCAGUUUGUCGGCCGGGAAGUCAAAUACAGCGGUGUAUUCAGAGCUAUUGGCAGGAUAUUCAAGGAGGAAGGGAUCCUGGGAUUCUUUGUAGGUUUAGUCCCUCACAUCCUGGGGGAUGUCAUCUUCCUCUGGUGCUGCAAUCUCUUGGCUCACUUCAUCAACACCUACGCAGUGGAUGAUAACUUCAGCCAGGCGUCGGUGAUCCGGAGCUACACGAAAUUCGUGAUGGGGAUUGCAAUGAGCAUGCUGACGUAUCCAUUUCUUCUCGUGGGAGAUCUCAUGGCAGUGAACAACUGUGGGUUGCGUGCCGGCCUCCCUCCUUAUGCUCCUGCAUUCACAUCCUGGAUCCAUUGCUGGAGGUAUCUCAGUAGCCAGGGGCAGCUGUUCCGUGGCUCCAGCCUGCUCUUCCGCAGAGCACCCAUGCAAGCAGCCUGCUUCCCUAUCGACUGACCCCAGCUUGCAGGGAGAAGUACGAACUUGGACUCCUUGAAGAACCCUAAGCUUGUUUCCAUUUGUAUAUUUGUUCUUUUUGAUCCAAAGUCUGUGGUGCCAGAACAAGGCACCUCCUUUCCAGCAAGGCCAACCACCAGUUGGCCUGCAGUGAUCUGGCUUCAGGCUCCAGCCGAGUCAAAGCCCCUUCCUCAUGGCUAUCUUGAUCAGGAUGCAUAGGAGAGAGAGCAGAAGGAUGUUUCUCUGGUCUGGGCUGUGAAUCUGACGAUACUGGGAAAGCCUGUGAAAGCAGAAAAUGCCCGGAUGCUAAAGAAACCAGCCCAGGAUGCAGGGACAAAAGACUGCUUCGUUCUGCCUAAGCUGAGAAGUGGCAAGAGAUCCAGGGCUGCCCUGCUGAGAAAGCAGCAGCAGCACAACCAGCUCCUGUCUUGUGUCUCGUGGAGAGGGCUGAUGUGUGUGGCAGGUAGCUUGUACUCAAGCUACUCAAGACUGAGACGCAUACUUCAGGGUAUCUGAACUCUAGGGAGCAGCCCAGCUCCCUUGGGCAUGAAAGGGAAGUAAUAAUUUCAAAACAGAAAAGAGAAACAGUCCCACUACAAUGAAGUACAACACGUGUCUUUAAGAGAAAGGUAUGACUUGACUCCAGGACAGCAUCAGAAGAUGGAGAAGGCACUUAAGGAUGUGCGUGGCACACGGUGUCUGCUGUGGGAAAGCCUUUUGCACUGGGAGGAGCGCAUUUAGGAUGCACUUCAAGCCCAGGGAAGCUGUGUGUACUGCAGGCAGCGUGCACAUUUCUAAGGGAAGGGUUUGGUCCCUGGUUGGAUCAGCCCCUGCUCAGGUGCAGUGUUUCCAUGCUGGAUCAUGCUGCAUCACAUGAGCAUCUCCCCCCCAGGGCGGCAUCGCCACUCGCUGAUGGAGGAGCACAGAGUCCCGUUAUGGUGCUGGGCUGUUGGAGGUGUUGAUCUGCUAACUGCUACAAGCAGGAGGGUUUGUCUUGCAAUAGAGGCACCAGGCCCAUCGCUGGCUGAAGCAAAGGAAUAAAUCUCAGCCAGCCAAAGGCUUGGGAACAGAGCCACAGGCUUCUCACACAUGCAGUGACACGGCAGGCCCUUGCAUAGCAGGGCUCACCUGUGACAGCAGUGCAGGAUUUAUCCUCAAUUCCUAGACAGAAUUAUUGUUGUUCCUCCCCUUCCCCCCCACCGGUCUGUGCUGCUACCACAGCCAGGCAGAUUUCCCCCACUUCAGUUCCCCACGAAGCAGUCUUUUGCACAGAGUUCAGUGUGUUACUGCACUCCCUGGGAAGAGGUUUUGGGGCCCUGAGCAGGCUGCAGGCAGGGGCAGCAGCAGCACACGUGGAAGCUGCUGUCCCCAAAAGCUCCCUUUGGUGUUGUGAAGUCGGUCCUGUCUGUCCUCCCCCCCUGCUCCAGUAAGGUUUGUGUUACAGUAACAACACUCAAUGCAUGGCCCUGACCCCUUAACAGAAAUUGUUUUAAAGAGGAUUUAACUAUGCUCCAAAAUACAGCUAUAAAAUGA